AUGUCUUUGCGCCAGGCUGCUCCUGCGGCUCCUUCACCGUGCGCCAGGCUGGGAGUAUUUUACUAUAUGUCUUUGCGCCAGGCUGCUCCUGCUCCUCCGACAACGUGUAUCAGCAAAACAGCUACGGAGUUUGACAACAACUGCUAUGAGUUUAUUACAACACGAAUGACUUUGAUUGAAGCGCAGAAAUACUGCUCAAACUUCAAUGGAACAAGGAUCCUGGCCAAAGUUUCUUCACCCUCAGUGUUGGACUUUCUCAAUUCUCUCAGGAAAAAUAACGAAUUCGUGUGGCUUGGAGCUAAUGACACAUUACACAAUGGUGAAUGGGUGUGGACGGAUGGUACAAAGGCUAAUCUAACAUCAAUGUGGAAUAAUGGAGAACCCAACAACGAAGGUGGAAUUGAACACUGUCUUCAAAUUUAUAAUAAUGGAAAGCUAAAUGAUAUGCCUUGUAAUGAAACUAUUUAUACUGCUUUUAUUUGUAUGGAAGUACAUGAGACAACUGCGUCACCCAAAACUUCUCCAACAACAUAUCCGACAUCGACGGCAACACUUAGCUUUACUACAGCGAGAAAUGAGUCAAAGUUUAACAAUGUUUCCAGCGACUCUUUGGAGUGUAUCAGCAACACGGCUACGAUGUUUGACAACAACUGCUAUGAGCUAUUCACAAACGAAAUGAGUUGGAAUGAAGCGAAGAGAUACUGCUCUAAUUUCAAUGGAACAAGGAUCCUGGCCAAAGUUUCCUCACCCUCUGUGUUAAGAUACCUCAAUUCUUUAAGACCAAGUUAUACACGAGUGUGGCUUGGAGGUAAUGACCAACUACAAGAAGGCAAAUGGGUGUGGACAGAUGGUACAAAGGCUAAUCUAACAACAAUGUGGGGUUAUGGCGAACCCAACAACCUGGACGGAAAUCAAGAUUGCCUUGAAAUUGUUGUUGAUGGAACACUAAAUGAUUAUGAUUGUGCGCAAACUUUCUCUUUUAUUUGUAUGGAAGUUCAUGAGACAACUGCCACUCCUGAAACUUAUCCAACAACUUAUCCGACAACCACAGCAACACCAAGCUUUACUACAGCGAGAAAUGAGUCAAAGGUUAAGAAUGUUUCCAGCGACUCUUUGGAGUGUUUCAGCAAAACGGCUACUAUGUUUGACAACAACUGCUAUGAGCUGUUCACAACAGCAAAGAAUUGGACUGAAGCAAAUAGAUACUGCUCUAAUUUCAAUGGAACGAGGAUCCUGGCCAAAGUUUCUUCGCCUUCAGUUUUAAGAUACUUCAUUUCAAUCAUACAAAGUGGUACACGAGUGUGGCUUGGAGCUAGUGACCAAUUACAAGAAGGUGAAUGGGUGUGGACAGAUGGUACAAUGGCUAAUCUAACAUCAAUGUGGAAUAAACGCGAACCCAACGAUAAAUUUGGAAAUGAAGACUGCCUUGAAAUCUUAGGAUACGGGACCAGACAAACACAAAUACAGAAACUAACCCAACAACGUAUUCGACAUUACGAACAACCACCUCAACACUUAGCUUUACUACAGAGAGAAAUGUUUCAAAGACAGCCACGUGUAUCAGCAAAACGGCUACGAUAUUUGACAACAACUGCUAUGAGCUAUUCACAACACCAAAGAAUUGGACUGAAGCGAAGACCAAGUAAUAUUCGAGAAGGUGAAUGGAUGUGGACAGAUGGUACCGAAGCUAAUCUAACAUCAUUGUGGCAUGUUAACGAACCCAACGAUCAGGAAGGAAAUGAAGACUGCCUUGAACUUUAUGACUAUGGAAUGUUAAAUGAUGACGAUUGUGCUAAAACUUUCUCUUUUAUUUGUAUGGAACUUCAUGAGAUAAUUGCCACUCCUGAAACUUAUCCAACAACAUAUCAGCCAACCACUGCAACACCUAGCAUUACUACAGCGAGAAAUAAGUUUAAGAAUGAUUCCAGCGACUCUUUGGAAAAGAUGUAUUCAUUUGGACAAACUGAAUGGAUAGGCAUUGUGACAAGUUUUUGCAUUCUGGUCAUGUGUCUCCUGCUUGCAGUGUUGCUAGCUAUCAAAUAUCGUUGUGAAAUAUGGUCACUCAGCGGGAAACUGAAGGAAUUUGGAUACACCACAAUAAACGAGAACCAAAUAAGAUACACCACAAUAAACGAGAACCAAAUAAGUAAAAUAAUUGCUCAUAAAAUAAAUGUAGAUUUUAAGUCAUCCUAUAUUAGAUACAUAACUUAA